AUGUCUUUAUCCAAAUCAGCAAGAAUGGAAAUGUCUUGUUCUCUUUUAGAACAAACACAACCAACUACAUCGUCGAUAAGGAAAAAUAAGGAUGAACACCUAUCUCAGAAUGUGCUUGUGGAAAAAAACCCAGAUAAUUCAUAUGCAGAUACCAAUUUAAAACCCACUGUGAAAAAUUAUGCCAAUGAGUCUCUUUUUACAGAAAAACUAAAAUCAAAAAAAAGAAAAGAAAUUGAUGAUUUAGCCAUAGAAGAUGAAGUAUUAGAACAGUUAUUCAAGGAAACAGAACUAGAGUUUGAAAGCGAAGUGAAAGUUCAAAAACAAGAAGAAGAUAUCAGUGUUAGAAAAAGGCCAAGAUUGGAUAUAGAAACAAAUGUCACUUUUAAUGAUGAAACAAUACCAGAAAGUAACAAGAUAUCUCAAGAAAAUGAAAUUGAGAAGAAGUGUGAGCUCAAGAAAGAAUCACUCUGGUCAACUAAAGAACUAUCUAACAAUGGUGAACUUCAGGAUGGUAAUGAGAUGCUUCUGAGGAAAGUGUUACUGACUGAAUUUCGUUCACUGGUGGUGCGUAACUCCACCUCCAGAAAUGCAUCCAGUGUGAAUAAUGAUUAUGGUGAACUAAAGAAUUUCAAGAAAUUCAAAAAGGUCACAUUUCCUGGAGCAGGAAAACUUCCACACAUCAUUGGAGGAUCAGAUCUAAUAGCUCAUCAUGCUCGAAAGAAUACAGAAUUAGAAGAGUGGUUGAGGCAAGAAAUGGAGGUUCAAAAUCAACAUGCAAAAGAAGACUCUCUUGCUGAUGACCUCUUUAGAUACAAUCCUAAUGUUAAAAGGAGAAGAUAA